GUGGGGGGCACGAGAGCGGGGGUUGGGUAGCUUGACAGAACUUUUAAAAGAAGGAACGUAAAUAUAUAUUAACUUGUGGGUUUUGUAGAACACGUAGAACCUCUGUGACCACCCACUCUUUGGUAAAAUGUUUUAUUCCCGUAAGUGUCCUUGAGCAUGAGCUUUUGGUGGGAACAGAGGAUGAGGCUGGGUAUUGUGUCUGGGUCAAUAAGCUGGGGGACAAAGCACCUUUGGGCAUGGGCGUGUCUCAGAAAUAUCCCGAAGUCUUAGGGAGGGCUUUGGAAUACCACUGGUGUGGACUGAAGGUUUGAUUUAAAGUCACUUAUAUCUGGGUUACUAGAUGUCUAGAUGGCUAGACAGAAAUGGCCAAGAGAAUGGUGUCUGGGGGAAUCUAAUGACUGGUCUUAAGUGAGAAAUUAUUUCCACCUCCCCCGCUAGGGGCGGCCAAUCCCCAUGCAAGAGAAACUUCUCUACCUGCCUCUCCUGAGACCAGCUCUAGAAGCUGCAAUCAAUUUGGGAUAUGUGCGGGUUGGGGGAGGUGCCAUUUCAGUGAUAAAGGGGGAAAGUUUGUGCUCCCCUUCCCCCCACAUGGGGGAGGACUUGUUACCCUCACUCUGGGAUAUGGGAAAGUCACAAGAGCCCAGCUCCCUCUCCUCUUUUUUUGUUUUAAAGGUGAGGGAAAGGCAGUGUUUACAUUUUCCAGUUCCUGAACUCCACGGAGUAGAGGACCCCAAGGCCAGCUGGAGCAUUGAAAACUACCAGAUCAGUGGCAGAAAGUCUAGCAGAUUCCAAGCCUGGUCUGCGUUUAAGGAAUUCUGUUUGUCAGCCAUCAUAAGAUCUGUGCCAAAGUGUUAGGUUUAUGUAGAGAGAAAGAAGUGAAAAUGUAGGAAAAAGCAAACCUGCUACCUGUAAACAAAACCACCCAAGGAAGGCAGAGAAUUAGAGUUGGCUGGAGAUAUUCUACUCUCUUAAUCAAAGGGACUUCUACUACUCCCCACUCAGUUCCACUCCUCUCAUUUUGUCUUGGGUGCAAUUAUAUGUGAGACAGACACAGAGCCCAUUUUUUCUUGGGUAUAAUUCUCUGUGGGUUGAAGAAGAAGAGUGGGUAGGGGUUAUACCUCAAAGUCUUCACCCUCGAUGACAGAAGCACCAAACGGCCUCCCAUCCUAUCAUAGAUAAGGGAUCUAACUGCAAGUUUGGCCACCCAAAUAAUUUGUGGAAUUUGUGGUAAAUACCAGGCACUGUCCUAUGUGCUUUACAUUUAAUUUAUUUAAUCACACGUGGAGGAACUCAGGCAGAGUGCUUGCCCAGGUCACAUGGCUGGAUAUCCGUGUCUUGAACCCAGUCAGUCUGACUCCAUAACACACGCCCUGAAACACUCCGUAACACUGUCACAGUAAGCACUGGGUCCAACUAUGGUAGAUCGGCUGGCUGUAUUCUGGCUGAAUCAUAAAGGAGCAUGGUGUUAGUUGGGAAAUCUGGUUAUCUCUUGGACACUCUAAAUGUCCUAAAGGAGGCGCUGAGCAGACCAAAACUCUAACCAGUUUCUGGGAUAGCUGUCCCCAGGAUCACGUGUCUUACUCUGAUUCAGCAUAGGAAGUGAGAAUUUCUCUGUCUCAUCGUCAGCUUUUAUAAUUAGACUCAUGUGUCUGCAAAGUGACAGAAUUAAAGAUGAUCCGUGUUUCAAGUCCAGCCCUAACACUUUGUAGCUUAGCUCCUUUAUGGAUUUAUUCUGUCAAGAUCAUCAAUGUGUAAACAGGCUGUGGAAUGGGAGAAGCAGGUCUGGAAUGAAUAAAGGAAAGCGUUUUUUCCCUUCUUAUUUUGGCAUAACGCAGUUGAUGGAUAUAGCAGGGGAUGGAGACACGAUCCCCUUCCAGUAAAAUUAAGAUGGGUUUUAACCAAUUCAUUUCAACCUUGAAUGAGGACCUAAUGUCUACCUGACAAGCAGGUAAGAGAAGUGCCCCCAUCAGCUGGGCAGCACAAGAGGACGCCUAUUUCUGUCACUCUCCUGCCUCUGCAUUUAGACACAUGCCCUUAUUCCUGCAGGGUGGGCGUCUUUAUCACCAUCCUCUCUGAGGUCCUGGCUCCUUCAGAGGGCGGAGUUAGUGGUUUGGCAGCAAGUAUCUGUGUGAGUAGAAGUCUGGUCUGUUGGUUUGGUGAUUGGAAAACCGGGGCUGCCGCCAGAACGGAGUGAGGAACACAUUCAGGCAACGUUAGCUCAUGGGGAGACACAGCAAUUGUCCUCAUAAGCUGAAUUCAUGCUUGGUUAAAAAAAAAUUUCCAGCCAGUUUAAUGGAAAACUACUAAAUGGAGGGGAUACUGGCCCAGUUUGCUUCAAAUCAAAUGAAUCAUUUGAAGACUCUGGGGAACUGAAGUGUUUGUGUUUUUCAGAGUCCCCCCUUCACUUACUUCAUAGGAUCCCUUUGCAGGUGAUCAAUGAAUCCCCCUUAUGCUGGGAUCUUACCUCAGGAUCAACAGUGCAACACGCCCGAGAUGAUCCAGGACAAGUUGCCUGAGCUUAGCUUCUAGCUGGUCAUGUCUACUCCCCUAUUUUCCCACACGCCCUUGGCUCACCUGGAUGUGAGAAGGGGGGGCGGGGCUUGGCUGCCAGUAAAGAAACUUUGUUGCAGGACUUCUUGGUCUGGCUUUCUGCCUCCCAGUGGGUGGAUGACUGCCUGAUUCUCCCUUCUGGGCAAACCCAGCUCCCCUGGUCCAGCCCACUGAUGGAACAGAACAAGCGAGCAUCCCAAGUCUUUGUGGAAAUGAACUACUAACUGCAAGAAACCAGAAUAUUCACCAGGAAUGAACCCAAUGGAUUCUUCAUACCACAGGAUCGAGACUCCCACAGUGUCCCAGCAAGAGACGUUUCUAACAUCACUCUUUUUGCGCUCACCUUUCCCUGGAAAUCACACGUGCUUCCUGUGUCCACGUUCAGAGUACACAGUCAUUAAUGAAGCCUGCCCUGGAGCCGAGUGGAAUAUCAUGUGUCGGGAGUGCUGUGAAUACGAUCAGAUUGAGUGCGUCUGCCCCGGAAAGAAGGAAGUAGUGGGUUACACCAUCCCUUGCUGCAGGAACGAGGAGAAUGAGUGUGACUCCUGCCUCAUUCACCCAGGUUGUACCAUCUUUGAAAACUGCAAGACCUGCCGAAAUGGCUCGUGGGGGGGCACGCUGGAUGACUUCUACGUGAAGGGGGUCUACUGCGCAGAGUGCCGCGCGGGCUGGUACGGAGGAGACUGCAUGCGAUGUGGCCAGGUUCUGCGAGCCUCCAAGGGUCAGAUUUUGUUGGAGAGCUACCCUCUAAAUGCUCAUUGUGAAUGGACCAUUCAUGCCAAGCCUGGGUUCAUCAUCCAGCUAAGGUUCGUCAUGCUGAGCCUGGAGUUCGACUACAUGUGCCAGUAUGACUAUGUGGAGAUCCGUGAUGGGGACAGCAGCAGCGACCAGAUCAUCAAGCGCUUCUGCGGCAAUGAGCGGCCAGCUCCCAUCCGGAGCACGGGCUCUUCCCUCCAUAUCCUCUUCCAUUCAGAUAGCUCCAAGAAUUUCGACGGCUUCCGUGCCAUCUUUGAGGAGAUCACAGCGUGUUCCUCUUCUCCCUGUUUCCAUGAUGGCACUUGCCUCCUUGACAAAACCGGAUCUUACAAAUGCGCCUGCCUGGCAGGCUACACUGGGCAGCGCUGUGAAAACUUCCUUGAAGAAAGUAACUGCUCAGACCCUGGGGGCCCAGUCAAUGGGUACAAGAAAGUAACAGGAGGCCCGGGGCUUAUCAACGGGCGCUAUGCAAAAAUUGGCACCAUCGUGUCCUUCUUUUGUAAUAACUCAUACGUUCUUAGUGGCAAUGAGAAGAGAACUUGCCAGCAGAAUGGAGAGUGGUCGGGGAAACAGCCCAUCUGCCUAAAAGCCUGCCGAGAACCAAAGAUCUCAGACUUGGUGAGACGCAGAGUUCUUCCCAUGCAGUUUCAGUCAAGGGAGACGCCAUUACACCAGCUCUACUCGGCCUCCUUGAGCAAGCAAAAGCUGCAGGGCGCCCCCACCAAGAAGCCAGCCCUUCCCUUUGGAGACCUGCCCCCCGGGUUCCAGCAUCUGCACACCCAGCUCCAGUAUGAGUGCAUCUCGCCUUUCUACCGCCGCCUGGGCAGCAGCCGCAGGACGUGCCUGCGGACCGGGAAGUGGAGUGGGCGAGCCCCGUCCUGCGUCCCCAUCUGCGGGAAAACUGAGAACGUCACUGGUCCGAAGAGCCAGGGGCUGCGCUGGCCGUGGCAGGCGGCCAUCUACAGGAGGGCCAGCGGGGUGCAUGGUGGCAGCCCGCACAAGGACACGUGGUUCCUGGUCUGCAGCGGCGCCCUGGUGAAUGAGCGCACCGUGGUGGUGGCUGCCCACUGCGUAACUGACCUGGGGAGGGUCACCAUGAUCAAGACAGCAGACCUCAAAGUUGUCCUGGGGAAAUUCUACCGGGAUGAUGACCGAGAUGAGAAGACCAUCCAGAGCUUGCGGAUUUCUGCAGUCAUUCUGCAUCCCAACUACGACCCCAUCCUGCUGGACACAGACAUCGCCAUCCUGAAGCUCCUGGACAAGGCUCGCAUCAGCACCCGCGUCCAGCCCGUCUGCCUCGCAGCCCCGCGGGACCUGAGCGCCUCCUUCCAGGAGUCGCGCAUCACUGUGGCCGGCUGGAACGUGCUGGCCGACGCGAGAAGCCCUGGCCUCAAGAACGACACGCUGCGCUCGGGGGCGGUCAGGGUGGUGGACUCGCUGCUGUGUGAGGAGCAGCACGAAGAGCACGGCAUCCCUGUGAGUGUCACAGACAACAUGUUCUGUGCCAACCGGGACCCCGCUGCCCCCUCUGAUAUCUGCCCGGCAGAGACGGGAGGCAUCGCUGCCGUGUCGUUCCCGGGACGGGCGUCCCCCGAGCCACGCUGGCAUCUGGUGGGGCUGGUCAGCUGGAGCUAUGACAAGACCUGCAGCCACAGCCUCUCCACGGCCUUCAGCAAGGUCCUGCCUUUUAAAGACUGGAUCGAGAGAAACAUGAAGUGAGCCUCAGGCCCGUUGAGAUGCUGUUCGGGCGCCCAUCCCAUCCGUACGUGUGUUGCACGAGGCCGCGUGGGCCUGAAGCUUCACUCUGCCUGUGAAUUUGGCCGGCCCAGGGCUUCUGACUUCGGGAUCGAAACUCAGUGGAGAGUGAGUAGAGCUCACCUUCAGGUAGGCCACUGUGUCCCUGGCUGUGGAGGCCAUGUGGAAGAUACCAGGGCUGCUUGCGAGAACCGAGUCCCCGCCAAAGAGACCAUGCAAAGAGCAAAGCUUUGGUCCCCAUUCCACCAGCCUGGUGACCUUGCCCACCGGCCCUGCAGUCAAUGUCAUGGCCAGCUCUGGCCGAGAGAGGCUUGGCCAAGAAGUCUGAGAUUCAUGAGGUCUCUUCCAAGACUCUGGCCAGACCACGUUCCAGAAAGCUGCGUGUGGGACAGCCCAGGACAGCAGGGCUCAGAUGUGGCCUCGACGUUUGUGUACAUUGCCACAGUAAAGUGUGGUCCUUUUCUUUCUCAAUCCCCUGUACGUCUUUUAAUAAAACGAGGGUUGGCUUCUGACCUAC